CGCUCCGCGUCUCGUUGGUUCCGGAGGUCGCUGCGGCGGUGGGAAAUGCUGGCGCGCGCGGCGCGGGGCACUGGGGCCCUUUUACUGAGGGGCUCCGUGCAGGCUUCUGGCCGCGCUCCGCGCCGCGCCUCCUCUGGAUUGCCCCGAAACACCGUGGUGCUGUUUGUGCCCCAGCAGGAGGCCUGGGUGGUGGAACGGAUGGGCCGAUUCCACCGGAUUCUGGAACCUGGUUUGAACAUCCUUAUUCCUGUGUUAGACCGGAUCCGAUAUGUGCAGAGUCUCAAGGAAAUUGUCAUCAACGUGCCUGAACAGUCGGCUGUGACUCUUGACAAUGUAACCCUGCAGAUUGAUGGAGUCCUUUAUCUGCGCAUCAUGGAUCCGUACAAGGCCAGCUAUGGUGUAGAAGACCCCGAAUAUGCUGUUACCCAGCUAGCUCAGACGACCAUGAGAUCUGAGCUCGGCAAACUCUCUCUAGACAAAGUCUUCCGGGAGCGGGAGUCCCUGAACGCUAACAUUGUAGAUGCCAUCAACCAGGCUGCUGACUGCUGGGGCAUCCGCUGCCUUCGUUAUGAAAUCAAAGAUAUUCAUGUGCCACCACGGGUGAAAGAGUCCAUGCAGAUGCAGGUGGAGGCAGAACGGCGGAAAAGGGCCACAGUUCUAGAAUCUGAGGGGACCCGAGAGUCGGCCAUCAACGUGGCAGAGGGGAAGAAGCAGGCACAGAUCCUGGCCUCAGAGGCAGAAAAGGCUGAACAAAUAAAUCAGGCAGCAGGAGAGGCCAGUGCAGUUCUAGCCAAGGCCAAGGCCAAAGCCGAAGCAAUUCGCAUCCUGGCUGCAGCUCUGACACAACAUAAUGGAGAUUCAGCGGCCUCACUGACUGUGGCAGAACAAUAUGUCAACGCGUUCUCCAAACUGGCCAAGGACUCCAACACUAUCUUGCUGCCCUCCAACCCUGGGGAUGUCACCAGCAUGGUGGCUCAGGCCAUGGGUGUGUAUGGGGCUCUCACCAAAGCCCCAGUUCCAGGAGCCCAGGACUCUAGCAGGAACAGCAGAGAUGUCCAGGGCACAGAUGCAAGUAUUGACGAGGAGCUUGAUCGAGUGAAGCUGAGUUAAUAGAGCUGGGCUUGGCCAGGAAGGCUGGCAACAGGGAAGUAGCACUUCUAGACUCUGGCUCCAGCGUCCUUGCUGAGAUUUUAGUUAUUAUUUUUUUAUUUGAACUUUAAUCAUGUAAUAAACUCGCCAUUGGCAAACAA